AGACAUACCGGUAUUGGUGAAAAGAAAGCGGGACUCCUGGGAGUUGAGAGAGUGAUGAAGAAAUGGCUGGAAAUGCAUUUCAUAUGGAGGUUCUUACUAAAAGCAUCAAUGAACUUCAACAAGAGAAAGCAAGGAAUGAACAGAAACUGCGGGAGGUGAGGAGCAAACGGAAAGCCUUGACUAAAAAAUUUGAGAGCUCUGCUGCAAAGCAUAACCAGUUGGAAGAGAAAAUCUCAAAGUUAAGCGAGACCUUGAAGAUAGCACAACAUAAAGUUUUCCAAUCUCAGACUGAAUUAGAUGGUCAGCUGAAUUCAAACACUAUGGUUCAAGCUCAAGUACAGCACAUAGAAGAGGCAAUAAAGGAUACCAAGGAACAACACACCAAAGACAUAGAGGACUUUGAAGAACAUCUUUCACAAAUGGCUGACAAGUUUCAUCGCUCAAGACAUUUCUAUACAGAUGAGUCUCUCUUGAAUGAAAUUGAGCUAAUGAAACAGAAGGCACAAGAACUUGAUAAAGAAGUGGUAGCUGUAAAGACGGAAAGUGAAAAGAAGAAACAGCACAUUUCAGAGCUGCAAGAGUCACUCAAACAAACCAAAGCAAGACAGGAAGAGCAAGGAUUGUCAGCAAGUGUGCAGAGAGAAGUUAUGUCAAUGCUGACUGCUGAGAAUGAGAGAAUUGAAAACUUCAGACUAGGCCUGUUGGAGAGAAAGGAGGAGGUUGAUAGCGUUCUGGAGAAGCUUAGGCAGUGGAAACCACCCCAUGAAGUCACUCAAGAGGAAUGAGGAAUGUCAUCGUCAAUCACAAUUAAAGGGACUAUUCAAAGUUAUAUCUCUGAAAAUCCUGCCCUGUAAAAUAAAGAAUCACCAAAAAUCAUAUCCUUAGUAUGCUGAAAGGACGACCAUGAGUCCAUCGCCCAAACACUCAUAACGUUUAAGCUUGUCUGAAGAAUUUUCUGUUUUUAUUUCAUGGUUCGAUAUCACUGACAGCUGCAGUCAUCAAUUCAGAGAUGUGAACUUGGAGCUGCUUAACUCCUCACCUACUUAAAUCAAGUCUUCCAGGUUGAAAGCCUAUGGUAAUUUCAAACUUCAGCAGUCAGUUGGUAAAAUCACUUCAUAAGUCCUACGAUCAUUAGAAACAGCGGUUGCACAUUAAUACAUCCAUUGUUAUCUGCAGUCGAGCAGCUGACCCACGUUUAUCCUUUUAACAUUAACACUUUUUGGGGCAAGGAUGUAUCAUUUAACAAACUCACUCUAGGGAUGAAUAGAAUAUGAAUAUUUUGUAUGUCUGCAAAAAUGUAAUUAUAUUGAUUCACUUAUCCUGGACUAUAAAAAUAUCUAACCAUAGGGUUAGGGUUAGGACUUUACCUUUAAAAGAUGUAAAAUGUAGAGCACUUUAUGGGGUUUCUAGAAUAUUUGAAAUACACAGGCUACAUGGAUAGUGUAUUAGUAUUUACAAUUUUAUUUUCAUAGCCUCCUUUUUGCCCAAUUAUAUUGAUGAUUUCCCAAUUCAAAGCUGUUCAAUUGUUAUUAAAUCACAACACACAACUUGAGGAAUAUAUCCCCCUUUCACAUUUCAGAUAUGGUGUUUAUCACAAUAUUUUACAACCCGUACAGAGGAACAUAUAAAAAAAAAUUCCUAAAGUCUAAUUCAAUCACCUUUCACUUAUCAAAUUAUAUUGUUCUACCCUCUUUCAUAGUUCGAAAAAGUAGAAAAUAGAUAAUAUAGCUCAAAAUGAAUUGGCAAUUUGAUUUAGAAAGUUACUAUUUUCAGUUUCAAAUUAAUGAUUUUUGUAACGUUGGUUGAUUUCGAAUUUAGAAGGUGUAAUGAUAGUCCAAGUUAAACAACUGUUAUGAAAGAACCAUGCAGCACACAGUAUUGCAAAGGGAAUUGAUUUUUUUCUGUACAUUGUUUUCGUUCUCGGAGCCCUAUAACAUGAGGUUUCGUGAUUGAUCAAAGGGGCUGAUUUAUACGAUUGGUUGGAUUGAUUUUGGGAAAAGAUCAAUCAUAAAAUCAUCCCUAUGAUCUGUUUAAUCAAUCGCUAAGCUUUAUGUAAUAGGAUUCUGGUGGGUGUUUCAUAAAGCUGUUUGGAAUUUAAGAGUGACUUUAAGAACGACUGGUGAUCCUUUCUUAUGGCGAAUGGUAUAUUCAUUAGCGAUGGUUUUGCGCGUAAGAAAGGAUCACCAUUCGUUCUUUAAGUUGCUCUUAACUUAACCACAGCUUUAUGAAACGACCCCCAGUUCUUCAGGGAUGUUGUUGGGUUUAGUAUUUCUGAGUCGCAAGGCCGCUGGAGAAAGCUUAUCCCAUAGACUUUGUAUGCGACUCGGGCCAAGGCCAUCAAAAUAUGGCCUUGAGGCCUGCUUCAACCACAUCCAUGCAGGUCGCAUGUAAUUACCAGCAUUCAGUAUCAAAUUCUACAAGUGUCUUGUAUUAAAAAAAUACCGCAUAACAGGCAAAAAAAGUGUUCUUCCUUUUAUUUUUUCUUAUAAUUUAUGUUAGAAUAACUAGCCACUACAUUUGGAUUUAUGUUUAAGUGGUAAACGUUAUGUAGAUUUGAUUUGAUGGAGCUACAUGUAUGUAAAUGUAUGAAGUAGAUGUUACUAUGCCAUUGAUAUAUUGUUAUUGAUGCCUGAAUUUCAUGCAAGACAAUAUUAAAUAAUGUAAAGUACACAUAUCUUAAAGUCUUUGAAAUGCUCUUUAUUUGUUGCAUAUAUACAUAAUAUAUAGUUAAAACAUGUACAUGUAGAUAUCGUUCAUUCAUAAUAAAUGGUUCUUUAUAAAGACUUCAA